CACAGCGGGAGGCGGGGCAUGGGCAGGACGUCCCUAGCAAGGUGCCUGUCGGGCGGCGGCUGCUAGCAUGCUCCGCUGGGCCCAAGCCUGGAGGCUCCCUCAUGGGGGGUUCAGACCCUCCGGCCCCAGCUUCUGGAGGGUGCCCGUCGCACCCAGCAGCAGCAGCGGCCGAGGGGCCACCGAGCCGAGGCCGUUGCCGCUUUCCUAUAAGCUACUAGACGGGGAGGCUGCCCUCCCGGCCGUCGUCUUUCUCCACGGGCUCUUCGGCAGCAAAACCAACUUCAACUCCAUAGCCAAGGCCUUGGCCCAGCAGACAGGCCGAAGGGUGCUGACAGUAGAUGCUCGGAACCAUGGUGACAGCCCUCACAGCCCGGACAUGAGCUAUGAGGCCAUGAGCCUGGACCUGCAGGGCCUGCUGCCCCAGCUGGACCUGGUACCCUGCGUCCUCGUUGGCCACAGCAUGGGAGGAAAGACAGCCAUGCUGCUGGCACUACAGAGGCCAGAGCUGGUGGAACGUCUGAUUGCAGUGGACAUCAGCCCCAUGGAGACCACCUCCGUCUCGAACUUCGUGACCUAUAUGGCAGCCAUGAGGGCUAUAGACAUCCCAGCCGAGGUGCCCCGCUCCCGUGCCCGAAAACUGGCGGAUGAGCAGCUCAGCCCUGUUGUCCAGGACAUAGCGGUGCGUCAGUUCCUGCUCACCAACCUGGUGGAGGUAGAUGGGCGCUUUGUGUGGCGCGUGAACUUGGACGCCUUGGCCCAGCACAUGGACACGAUUAUGGCCUUCCCACGACGACAGGACUCCUACCCCGGGCCAACCCUCUUCCUCCUUGGUGGAAACUCCCAAUUUGUGCAUCCGAGCCACCACCCUGAGAUCAGGCGGCUCUUCCCGCGAGCCCAGAUGAAGACUGUGCCUGACGCUGGCCACUGGGUCCAUGCCGACCGCCCACAGGAUUUCAUAGCUGCUAUCCGAGGUUUCCUGGACUAAGAGUUGCUGCCAACAAGGGGCAUGAAACCCCGGCUUCAGGUCCUUGCAGCUUGCUGCACAUUUUUGCACAGGAGGACUCAGCAGGGGCAAGUACUGAGAGGGCCCAAGGGUACAGGAAUGUCAGGCUUCAAGCUUUAAUGAAUAAAGACAUGACUGCCAUA